UAAUAAAAGACUCAAGAAGUUUAAAAAUGUUAAUGAAUUCUUGUCGAGUUUGUUUAGUAAGUAAAGAAACGGAUAUGGUAAGUCUGUUUUCAUUGUCAGGAACAGAAACCUACGCUUCUAAAAUCAAGUUUUGUUCAGGUAUCAGUAUUAACGAAAGUGAUCAACUCCCUCAGAAAAUAUGUAUUUUGUGUCUGCAAAAGGUGAUAAAAGCUUGUGAAAUUAAAGAACAAUGUAUCCAAACUAAUAUGAUUCUUCGACAAAAACUUAAAAAUUUGGAUUCUAAUCACAUAUCAGUAAUGAAUGAAACUGUCUACGAAUCUGAUUUACGUGAAACAUUCUUACAUGAUAGUUUAAAAAGUGAACGAAAGAAAGUUGAAAUUAAACAUAAACCCAAAGAUCUCAAAGAUAAAACGGAGUUGUCUUCAAGAAGAAAACCAAAAGAUCAAGAUUAUCAAUGCUUCAUUUGUAACCAAAUCUUCAUAAAAAUACGUCUUAAGAAUCAACACAUCAGAGUGGAUCAUCCAGAGGAAAUGAUUUGCAAAGUUUGUAAUACUAGAAAAACUUCGUCAAUUUCAACUGAGAAAUGUCUGAAAGAUCAUUCUCUUGGUUUUGAUUAUUUAUGUCAAAUCUGUGCUAAACCAUUUCGUCACAAAUAUUAUCUACUUAAACAUCAAGCAACAUUUCACUCCGAACCAACAAAUGCUGAUCUAUUCGUUUGUGACCAUUGUGGCCUAAGAACGAAAUACAAAAUGAAUCUCUAUCGACAUGUGAAAUCAGUUCAUUUAAACUCUCAUAAAUUUCCAUGUCCCUUUCAUGAUAAAUGUCCAGAAACUGUGUACACAACAAAAGAAGGUCUAAACAUUCACCUGUAUCGAACACACGAUGUACCAGCGCCUAUAACAUGCAAUUCAUGUCAUCUCGGAUUCACAUUCGUUUCAGAACUGAAAAUUCAUCGAAAAAUUUGUGGGGGUGUUACAAGAACACCUGGCAAUGGAACUAAGAACAAAAAUUUCAGGAAGUUUUGUGAAAUUAUUGAUAAUGGAUUUCGUUGUAAAGUUUGUCAAAAAGUUUUUGCUAUGAAACAAAAUUGGUCAUAUCAUUAUUCUUCAACACAUCGCGAUAAUAGGACUUGUAAGAUUUGUAAUAAAGAAUUUACUAAUUACACGAAUUUUCAUCGUCACGUCACUGUGCAACAUAAGAAAAUUAAAAAAUUCCAUUGCGAUUAUCCUGGGUGUGAGAAAUCAUUCGGUCAGAAGGGAUCAUUAAUAAAUCACAGAAACAUUCAUUCUGGCGAGAAACCUUUUUCAUGUAAUUUUUGCAGCUUCCGUUCUGGCGAUAAAUCAACUGUAAUAAAACAUAAGAAGAAAAUGCAUAGUCAAGAGCAAAUAAUUCAGCAACAACAGAAAGCAAUCUAAGUCAUUUUGUGAUCUCUAAGUAGUUAUGAUCUUAUUUUAUCUAUUAGAUUUUAAUAUCUAUUUAAAGUAUUUAUAACUUUUAUAAUAAAUAUAUAAAUAGAUAUUCUCAUGAUUAAAAAAAAUCUUUGACAAAAAAUAUUUCCAUGUUGGCAGUUGGAAGAAAUAUGAUCUAGAAAAACCGUAACAUUUCACAAUCACUUAAGUAGCUAUUGUACAGAUAAUCAUAAGUUGAACCUCAAAAUUUUAAGAGAAAGGACGGAAUAAACACGUGCGACAAUUUUCGGUUUAUUUGCAUAAUUUGUUGUUUAUCACUUUGUUUCUCGAAUUUUCGUUUAAUCCAUA